AUGUCUACACAACAAGAAUUACCAAUCAUGAAUCAGUAAACUCCUUAGCCAUCAAGCUAAAUUUCAAAAGUUUAAUACCCAAUACUGAGUAAUGUAGUGCCAGCAGCCUAAUAUAUUCAAUUGGAUGAUGUUUAACAAGCAGUAGCCGAGAAGUCAGUUUUGAUUGAUAUUAAUUCAGAUAGAUCAACAUUCCUAAUUGAAUACUACAAAAAGAUAUUACUCUAACAUACAAUCAUAUUUGGGUUGUUUUUAUUAGGAUUGACAAAAUGGUUUAGUUCAAUAGUUGUUAUUCAUCACUAUUGGUGGAGUUAUUUUAGAUGGACUUGGUAUGUUAUUUUAGGAUUGCUGAUUGCUUUAGUAUUAGUACUUCCAAUCUUGAGAAAAUAUAGAUGCAUUGUUUCAUAAUAAUCCAAAUUGUUCCAUCUCCAAUCAGUAUUAAUAGCAUUUCUUUUAAUCGGAGUUGCUGGAAAUCAAAGAGGAAAUAGCAAUCACAAAACAGUAAAUGUAUGGAUCAUCUUGGUUUUGUUGAUUUUGAUUGGUCACGAUUUACUUCAAAUUGUUAUAGUGAAAACUCAAAGGACUCAUUAUUACACUGCUUUAAUGAAAUUUACUAUAAUGGGAUCAUUGGGAUUAAAUUUCAUCGUUGGUUUGUCACAUAAGAACCUUGACAGAGCAUUUCCAAUUUCUGAAAUAAUCAUCAUCUACGCUCUUUAUUAUUUCAAUUAAUUGAAUGAUUAAUUAUUGAAAUAGACUCAUGAAUUACCAGAAGAAUUAUCAAUUUUUGAGAGAAUCCAAUAGCUUACUUUGAUUAGAAAUUUAUUUAACUAGGAAGCAAGAUAGAAUCAAAUAAUCGAAUAAAUAUAAGACACUCAUUGUGUGAUUAGCAAGCAUCUUGUAAUAGUGAUUGGAUCAGGUGUUGGAUAUAUUGCAGUUUUAGUGUUGAGUAUUGUAACUGGAAAUGGAUUUUUGAUAUUUACAGUGAUCUUGGGAUCCAUCUCAAUGUUGAGUGUGAUAUUAGAGACCUAAGUUGCUUCAAGAAGUUUAAAACCAGAAGACUCUCAUUAUGCAGUUUGCUUGACUUAUCUUGACAUGGCCAGUCCCCUUAGAUUAUUAUUGAGAAGUUUAUUCAAUAAAUGAAUAUCAAAAUAUUUAUAAUCAUACUUUCAUAAGUUAA